AUGCGCCCUGCCGCGGCGGCGGGGCGGAGCAGGGGGGUGCGCCCCCUCCUGCGGCGAGGCGCCGCCAUGUCGGUGUUUCACGAUGAGGUGGAGAUCGAGGACUUCGAGUACGAUGAGGAGACCGAGACCUACAGCUACCCGUGCCCUUGCGGGGACCGUUUUCUCAUCACUCGGGAGGACCUGGAAAACGGCGAGGACGUGGCUACCUGCCCCAGCUGCUCCCUGAUUCUGCGCGUCAUUUACGACCAGGAGCAGUUCAUGCGUGGCGAAGUCAUCGCAGAACCUUUGGCAAACAAGGAAUUGAUAAAGUGCUGAUGAAUGUAUCGUGAACUAUUGCUGCUUUAGAAUAAGAAAUUAUGGGGAUGUCAACUUUGGAAAGAAACACAGCACUCCUCCUGGAUGUGCUUGCUGCUGUGAGAUGCAAGUGCAAUAACUGGCUGGCUUCAUCGUUUGAAAGAGAAGUUGCUGACAUCAAGACAUGAGUGGGUUUUAUUCAAAAGGGUGUGUAGUUUAAGAAAUUGUAAAUCAUAAUGCAUAUUCCAGAAGACUCAAGGGAUAUGGUUCAAAUUAACUGCAGAUCAGUACAUGGAAAAAGCAUGUGGAGCUGUCCCACAGAAAAAUCAGAACACUUAUCUAGCAGUGGUUUCUUAGUGUAUAAAGAAGCAGGCUCUAUAUGGGUAUAUACAAGUAUGAAACGUCAUUGGGAGCAGAAAUGCUGGGAAACAAAAUUUAGAAGUCUGUAAGACAUGAGGCUUUACAUAAUUAGUUUUGAUGCAGUAUGGUAUCAGAUGGGAUGUGGGCCACAGUCUUUCCAGCGCAUAUGGAAUGUGAGGCAAAAUUAAGAGUCCUGAAACCAAUGCUGUUGGUAAAUUGUUUUUACUCCUGUAGAGCACAAAGAAAAUGUAGUUGUACUUAUAUCUGCAAUAGGUGCAACAUGUGAUUUGCAGCAAAUUUGCUUCUUGCAUUGGAGUUGCUUUGAAAGAGCUUUGGUAGCUGUUACCAAACGACCAUCUGAAAUAGUAGUAACAUGCUUCUUUUUUGUGUUGUGUGAAGUGAAACAAAAGAGCCUUUUUUUUUUUUUAACCCCUGCAAAGCUAUUAAUGUUCCACAAAUGGACUGGAACUUGAAGUGGAUUCCAGCUUACCCUUAUUUUCACAACAACUUUGUGAUUUAACUAUUGCAGCAAAUAUAAAAUAGGCUGCCAUUUUUUGUGCUGUUUGUAGUAGUACAUCUGCUGAAGUUCCGUCUUCCUCUCUUAAGUUCUGUAAUUUAGAUUUUGGUUCAUGGGAAAGCUGUUUAUUGUCACUUCCUGGAGAGGAGAUGCACAGAUUUUACCUUACUCGUUAGUAACAAGUAAUUUUUGUAGGGUAGAAAAGAGUUUAAACAAUAUAUUCCACAGUACUUUAAUUCUAGGACUACUUCUUGUAUUACAAACCACUGCAUUUAAGUAUUUAUUUAAAAUGAUGUUCAUUCAUACCAGGACAUGAUAUCCUUGAAGUUAAGUUUUCAGAAAAAAUAUUUGUACAGCAUUUAUGUGGUUAUUUCACUCUGGGCACUAGAGAGAAGCAAUUUUUGAAUUGAAUUAUUGCUUUUAAUUGUUUUUGUUUUUACAACAUUGCGUGAAUGUUGGAGAAGAGCACAAUCCAAAGUAUUUCAUGUUUUAGCCAGAAGGUGGCACUCAUGUUACUUAGAUCUCUGUACUUUAAAAAAAAAAAUCUGUGAUACUUUGGUUAGAUAUAUCUUAGCAAAUAUUUAUUUUGACUAUUUAAAUAAAGAUAUUUAAACCUCA